AUGGCUAGUAAAUCACCGUCCCGUUCUUCCAGCGUCGGAAUCAACGUCAUCGCCUUCUACGCUCCCCUGCUCUUCCGAACAAUCGGAAUGGGAGAGAGGGCUUCUCUGAUGUCGGCCAUCCUCACCGGCGCCGUCGGGAUCGGGACGGCGUUCCUGUCGAUGGUGAUCGUCGAUAGAGUCGGGAGGAGGCCUCUGUUCUUGUUCGGCGGGGUGCUGAUGUUCGUCUCGCAGAUGACUCAUCCUCCUCUUCCCGUCGUGGCCGCCUCCUCCCUCUGCCGCCAUCGUCAAAGCCGCCGGAACCUUAACGCGGCUCCCGAUUCCUUCAGAUUCUCGCCUAAUUACUUUCAAAUUUCCGUUCACAUCAAUCCUCCCGAAAGCCUCUCUCCUCCGCCUCCGUCGCCGCUGCCGCGGCUUCACUUCUCGCCGUCGUCCGAUUCCGGGAGGGCUGUGGAGUGA